AUGAGGAUAUUGGCAUUUCUCAUGGCUAUAUUUGCCUCUACAAAUAUAAGCACAGGGGAACAUGAUAUGAGACUGAAGUAUUUUGAAACUCUGAAGAUAUCUGACAUCAGAUUACGAACCCGAAGAAGUAUUGACCCCAAUCCUAAGUCUCAUUUGCAUCAGGUUUCCUUUUACGCCCUUGGAAGAGACUUCCAUCUUGAUCUUCACCUGUCCACCAUCAUACAACCAGGAUUUAAAGUUACUGUUGUUGACAGUGAAGGGAAAAAACGCAAAGAGCCCAUUGACUACACACAGUUUUUCAGUGGUAAAUUAACAGGUGAUGCUGAAUCUGAUGUCACCGCUCAUUGGGAGGAUGAUGUUUUGAUGGCUAGUAUUAGUACAAGCGAAGAUGAUUAUGUAAUAGAGCCAUCAUGGCGUGUACUUCCCCCAUCCAGUAACCACAGUAUCAUUGCCUACAGGAAGUCGGAUCUUACGUGGGACCAUCCCUCUGACAACACUGGCUACAAGGAAAGAUUUUGUGAUGGAACAAACAGCACUGUUGAUAGAGAUGAGGAUUUAGAAGCAAACAGAAUUGAAUUGAAUGGAGAAAACUUUGAGAGCCGGAAAAAAAGAGACACAUCCACGAUGAUUUCAAAUCAUAAAUCAUGUCGUCUGUAUGUCGUUGCUGAUUACUCAUUUCACUCCAAUAUCGGGAAAAACAAAAUUCACUGGACAGCAAGUUAUCUGAUCAGCAUUUUAAACAAAGUGAAUACAAUAUAUAAAAAAACAAAAUGGCCAGACGAUAAUUCGUUGUUGUCUGAUUUCGGAUUUGAGAUAGCAGAGUUAAAGAUCCAUGAAGGCUAUACGUAUGGAAAAGGGGACCACUAUAAUAUGCCCAACAGGGAAUUUAACACUACCCGUCUGCUGCAGGUUUUCAGCAGAGGGACAGAGUUCCAGGGUUACUGUCUAGCUCAUCUUUUUACCUAUCAGAAGUUUGGACGUGGUGUGCUUGGUCUGGCCUACAUAGCGUCUUACAAACAGAAUACGCCAGGAGGGAUAUGUUCACCUUCUUUCGCAGUGGAUGGCCAUUUGUCCACUCUAAACACAGGCUGGAGUACCUCGGCUAACAGUCAGGGCAACAGAGUUCUCUCCCUUGAAGCAGCGCUGGUCACUGCUCAUGAAUUAGGUCACAGUUGGGGGAGUGAACAUGAUGCAAGUCUACGAUGUACACCAAAACAUGAAGAAGGUGGUCACUAUCUCAUGUAUCCCUACUCUGUCAGCGGGUAUGAGGCCAAUAAUAAGUAUUUCUCGCCCUGCAGUAGAAGAUACAUAUAUGUGGUUAUGAAAUCAAAAGCCAAGGACUGUUUCACAGCAAAGAGGAAAUCCUUCUCUUUCUGUGGGAAUGGUCGCAUAGAUGAAGGUGAGGAGUGUGAUGCAGGGGUGUUUGGUGACCAGUGCUGCAACAAAGAGUGUCAGCUGGUGAAUGAUGCUGUUUGUAGUCCAUGGAAUUUUGCAUGUUGCCGUAGUAACUGCAAAGUGGCACCAUCAGGGACAGUGUGCCAUGACAUGCCAGACGACACUAUCAGCUGUAAAGGAACAGCCUACUGCGAACACAUUGGGAUUAACAUGACAUGUCCCAAACCAAAGGACAAGGCAGAUAACAGUUCCUGUGUGGAUGAAGGUCGAUGUAUCAACGGUACAUGUUUAGGAUAUUGUGAAUUGAGAGGGAAAGUGGCCUGUAUUUGCCCCCAAGAAUCUGCUUGUUUCCGAUGUUGUGUUAAACCUAGUGACAUCAAUGGUCUCUGUGAAAUAGAACCAGAGAUGGAUAAACUACCUGAUGGCCGUCCUUGUUACCGUGGAUACUGUGUCAAUGGACACUGUGAGAAACAGAUUGCCGAUGUCAUACAGCGGCUUUUCAGCCUCAUAGAUAAUAUUACUGCAGAUGAAUUAGUGGCCUUCAUGCGAAGCAACAUUGUGGGAACCAUUAUCCUUUUCUCUUUAAUGCUGUGGAUUCCUGCCAGCUGUACUUUCAGCUAUUUUGACAAGAAGAAGGAGAGACGAUACUACAAAGAAGCACAAGGUUAUACUAAUAGAGGUUAUUUUGACCGCAGUAGAUCAUUACAUACUUUAGUUGAGGAAGACAAAAAUCGUGUGUGGCAUUAUGGGAGUUUCAAGCUACGACAUGGUGGCAGUGUGGUGCGUAAACAGAAUCUGACGACUGGGUAUGCAGACUUGGAACGGGAGUCAAAAGUUUAG